AGUCGGUUUCACCUGAGACCCGCUUAACAGGAUUGGGGUCAUUUUUUUUUUAUAAAAAAAAAAAAACAAUGUGUCUCUUUUCACCUUAACAUUAAGCUACCUGAAACACACACACACACACACACACACACACACACACACACACACACACAUAUCUAAUGAUGGUGAUGGACACGUUCCUGAGAGUGUUAGCCGCAUGAAUGAAUGGAGUCAGUGUUGGAGUUUUCCAGAGGAUUCCAUGAAGAACAAGGCAUCCUGUCCAACGAGAAAAUGUCAGGUGUGUUUUCUUACGAGAGUUCUGAAGUGGACUGGUGUGAGGACAACUACAAGCACUCUGAGAAUGUUGUUGAGUACUUCAACACGAUGAGCAGCUUCAUCUUCUUCGUGGUGGCUCCUAUAAUGCUCUACCUGCUGCACCCGUAUGCUAAGGAGAGAAACCUGGCUGUGCACCUGGUGUGGCUCAUGAUGAUCUUUGUGGGUCUGUUCUCCAUGUACUUCCACAUGACCCUGAGCUUCAUGGGCCAGAUGCUGGACGAGCUCUCCAUCCUCUGGGUUUUGGCCGUCGGCUACUCUCUCUGGUUUCCACGCAAACAUUUUCCUCACUUUGUUAAAGACAGGACCUCGUUCUCUCGCAUGGUCAUGGUGAGCACCGUCAUUACCACUCUGCUGUCGUUUGUCAAGCCCACUGUCAACGCCUAUGCCCUCAACUUCUUCGCCCUGCACAUCCUCUACUCUGUGUGUGUGCAGCUGAAGAGCUGUACGGACCAGCGGGUGCUGCGUUUGGCGCGCGCCUCCAUCGGCCUGUGGGUGCUCGCCAUCUCCUGCUGGAUCAGCGACCGCUUCGGCUGCAGCUUCUGGCAAAAACUCAACUUCUGCUACCUGCACGGCAUCUGGCACAUCCUGAUCGUGGUCGCUACGGCGUACGCCAGCACGCUAAUCGCCUACAUCGACGCCAACACGGAGAUCCCCUACUCUCACCCCGACCUGCAGUAUUGGCCUCGCGAUAACUGGGCUCUCGGGCUGCCCUACAUCGUCCUCAAGGCCAUGCCCAAGACGCGGAAAAGUUGCUAGCUGAGACACGCGAAUGAGAAGAAACGGACAGUGAUGGUUUGUGGAGAAUGAAGUGUGUGUGUGUGUGUGUGUGUGUGUGUGUGUGUGAAAUGCUAAAUGUAUUGUGCAUUUGAAUACAUGCCAUUCUGAAGUGUCUUCCUCAAGAAGA